AUGUCUGACAUCCUCUGCAUCAGAGACACACCAGGCCUGGACUCUCCUAUAGGACACAGGAGGGAGAUGGUUAAAAAUCCAUCUGACAUAUUACUCAUAGACAGUGAUGUGAAAGUUUACAUAAUCUAAUAAUAUCAUACUUAUGUACAGUGGGGAAAAAAAGUAUUUAGUCAGCCACCAAUUGUGCAAGUUCUCCCACUUAAAAAGAUGAGAGAGGCCUGUAAUUUUCAUCAUAGGUACACGUCAACUAUGACAGACAAAAUGAGAAAAAAAAUCCAGAAAAUCACAUUGUAGGAUUUUUAAUGAAUUUAUUUGCAAAUUAUGGUGGAAAAUAAGUAUUUGGUCACCUACAAACAAGCAAGAUUUCUGGCUCUCACAGACCUGUAACUUCUUCUUUAAGAGGCUCCUCUGUCCUCCACUCGUUACCUGUAUUAAUGGCACCUGUUUGAACUUGUUAUCAGUAUAAAAGACACCUGUCCACAACCUCAAACAGUCACACUCCAAACUCCACUAUGGCCAAGACCAAAGAGCUGUCAAAGGACACCAGAAACAAAAUUGUAGACCUGCACCAGGCUGGGAAGACUGAAUCUGCAAUAGGUAAGCAGCUUGGUUUGAAGAAAUCAACUGUGGGAGCAAUUAUUAGGAAAUGGAAGACAUACAAGACCACUGAUAAUCUCCCUCGAUCUGGGGCUCCACGCAAGAUCUCACCCUGUGGGGUCAAAAUGAUCACAAGAACGGUGAGCAAAAAUCCCAGAACCACACGGGGGACCUAGUGAAUGACCUGCAGAGAGCUGGGACCAAAGUAACAAAGCCUACCAUCAGUAACACACUACGCCGCCAGGGACUCAAAUGCUGCAGUGACAGACGUGUCCCCCUGCUUAAGCCAGUACAUGUCCAGGCCCGUCUGAAGUUUGCUAGAGUGCAUUUGGAUGAUCCAGAAGAGGAUUGGGAGAAUGUCAGAUGAAACCAAAAUAUAAUUUUUUGGUAAAAACUCAACUCGUCGUGUUUGGAGGACAAAGAAUGCUGAGUUGCAUCCAAAGAACACCAUACCUACUGUGAAGCAUGGGGGUGGAAACAUCAUGCUUUGGGGCUGUUUUUCUGCAAAGGGACCAGGACGACUGAUCCGUGUAAAGGAAAGAAUGAAUGGGGCCAUGUAUCAUGAGAUUUUGAGUGAAAACCUCCUUCCAUCAGCAAGGGCAUUGAAGAUGAAACGUGGCUGGGUCUUUCAGCAUGACAAUGAUCCCAAACACACCGCCCGGGCAACGAAGGAGUGGCUUCGUAAGAAGCAUUUCAAGGUCCUGGAGUGGCCUAGCCAGUCUCCAGAUCUCAACCCCAUAGAAAAUCUUUGGCGGGAGUUGAAAGUCCGUAUUGCCCAGCGACAGCCCCAAAACAUCACUGCUCUAGAGGAGAUCUGCAUGGAGGAAUGGGCCAAAAUACCAGCAACAGUGUGUGAAAACCUUGUGAAGACUUACAGAAAACGUUUGACCUGUGUCAUUGCCAACAAAGGGUAUAUAACAAAGUAUUGAGAAACUUUUGUUAUUGACCAAAUACUUAUUUUCCACCAUAAUUUGCAAAUAAAUUCAUUAAAAAUCCUACAAUGUGAUUUUCUGUAUUUUUUUCCCUCAUUUUCUCUGUCAUAGUUGACGUGUACCUAAAUUACAGGCCUCUCUCAUAUUUUUAAGUGGGAGAACUUGCACAAUUGGUGGCUGACUAAAUACUUUUUUCCCCCACUGUAUAAUUGUAUUGUGUGUAUGUGUGUUAAUCCAUGCAAUAGGACCAAGUGACAGUGCACUUCUGUCAUGGAUAGCACACGUGUUGUCAGCUGUGUGUCUAGAUGAGUGGGGACCUCCUCUUACCGGCCCGCUCCCUCUCGCUCUCUGGUCGUGACAGGGGUCCAGUGUCUGACCAGUCUCCUCUCAGACGCAGACGCUUCUGCAGAGGCUCCUUUUGCUAGGAGAGAAACACAGUGACAUUUCAUCACUCACAGCACAGGCUUAACCAAAAUAACCGCCCUUUCACUACGGCUGAGACCCCCCCACCCACCCUCCUCUUCCCUCCAUUGGGGGCUCACAUUCCCCAGCCCUCACUGCCAGGUUGUCUUAGGCUCUGGCAGGCGGUUCCAGGGGUCUCAUACACAAGAAGGAGGGGGACAGGGAGGUUUCAUCUUAGUGCACUUAGGAUACACUAGUUCUGUGGUGUUUGUACAGGAACUGUGACGUUACCUGGUGUUGUAUGUAUCAAGUUCUGUUGUAUGUAUCAAGUUCUGUACAAAAUAUGCUGCCUCACCCUGCUGAUUACCCAGAAGCCCCCUGGCUUAUGUGUUCAGCAGCUGUGUGUGUGAGAACACAGCUCAGAUGCCUUUCCCAGAACAGAUUCAGUAGACUGUUGAGCCAAAAAUAGCCAAGAGACGGGACAACACAUCACCCCCCUUUGUCAACUCACACACACACUGCAUGUCAUGUCGUAGAAGCUUCCAGAAAUUGGUGUGAGAGGACAGUCGUUGUGUAAACACAAACUACAUUCAAAUUGAAUCCAGUAUUUAGUGCUGUGAUACACAGUAAGUGAAAGGAUGGUUCUCACCUUGUUAUCCUGCGACGGUCCCUUCAGCUCGCGUCCCUUGUCAUCUUUAGGGUCAAACAGGUAGAGAUAGUCUGAGGCGUAGCUGGCUAGCACCUCCCUGCCGUCCCUACUGUAGGCCAAUGAGGUCACGCGACAUGACUUGUUGACCAGGUGCCUCGGUACGAACAUCGCACACAUCCCUGCCACUCCGCUUCCUGUCUGAAAACCUGCAGAGUGGAUGAGACGUAUAUAGGAAAUGAUUAUUUUCCAUACAGACCUUCAGGAGAAAAUGUUAUUCUCACCACUGACCCCAAAGACAAUCAAACAGUGAUUAACUAUGUUAUGUACUGUGGUAGUAGGAUUCCUUCAGGACUAUUGAUAUUGAUAGAAUUGUUAGUUCAGUUUAAGUUAUCUGAUUGCCUUGAGUUAAUAAUUAUUAUUAUCUGGUGGGUGCUUGCUUAUAUUUGUCCUGUUUACCCAUGUGUGAAUCGAAAAUGUGUUUUUUGCAUAUCUCAACUCCCCCUGAGACACCCUCAGAGAGUGGGGUCACAGCCAGAGUCUGCCAUUAUUUAUCAAUGGCGACCCUGAAGCUAUUAGGGUUAAGUGUCUUGCUCAAGGGCACAUCAACAGAUGUUUCACCUUGUCGGUUCGGGGAUCCAAACUAGAAACCUUUGGGUUACUGGCCCAAUGCUCUAACCGCUAGGCUACCUGAAGCCGCCGUUGAGGUUGUGCAUACCUGUUGCUAUGGUACCCAGCAUUCUCCUGUCAUAGAUACGGACUGAGCUGUCAGAGCAGCCAGUAGCCAGAUAGAAGGAUUCCACAGGGGAUAUGGCCAUGGAUGUUACUGCUCGCCGACAGUCAAUCAGGAUGUCCUAAUUAAAAAAGACAACAGAAGUUCAAGAUAUCUUCAUACAGGGAACUCUGACAUCAGCAUAAACGGUUGUUUGAGUAGUCGGUAAAACUGUUGGCAAAAAUGGUGGGAAAAAGUAAUUAGUAAAAAGAAGCUGCCUUUAUACAUAUGUAACGACACAAUAAUACGGUAGUAAUAACAUCAUAGUUACAUAAGAAUUGUUAAUUUGCCUGUAAAAGAGUUUAGCUGUAUUGGCAUAAUGCGUACCUACCUUUUUACAGUUAGUUUGCCAGCAGCCAGGAGAAACUCGGACAUCAAACCACCUGAUUGUUCCAUCCUCUCCACAGGACAGGAAAGAGUGAGGGUCGCUAGGUACCGUCAAUAUCUACCAAUAGAAAUAGAGUGGUUUUAGAAUAGAUAUAGAACCUGCUCUGAUUGGGACGUCAAAUAGAAUUGGAAUUCCUGUCUACUGAUAUAUGGUCUGUGGGCUUUAGAAUAGAUGACUUUCACUGCAGCAAAAUGCCAAUGACUUAUUUAUGGUCGACAUACCAUCCCUACCUUCCACAGCAAUAACAGGUGUGACGUUGAGGUAAAUUUUACAUUUUAGUCAUUUAGCAGACACUCUUAUCCAGAGCAAUUAGGGUUAAGUGCCUUGCUUAAGGGCACAUUGACAGAUUUUUCACCUAGUCGGCUCGGGGAUUGGAACCAGCGACCUUUCGGUUACUGGCACAACGCUCUUACCCACUAAGCUACCUGCCGCCCCGAUUUGAUGCAGAUGUGAUAGAUCAGAUACAUGAAUCAACUCUCUAUUGAAUUCAACUCAGAUGGCGAUAACACAGAUGGCGAUAACACAGAUGGCGAUAACACAGAUGGCGAUAACACAGAUGGCGAUAACACAGAUGGCGAUAACACAGAUGGCGAUAACACAGAUGCACCCCUCACCUCGUAGGCGGCACCGUUAUGACAGUGAUACUGCAACACAGGGUCCAGGUUGGAACCCCUCUCUACGUUGGUGAGGAAGAUCUUGCCGUCGGCUGCUGCGGACACGAUCAUUCUGUCGUUGGUUUGGGGCAUGAACUUGGCACUGAAGAUAUUGGAUCGAUGCCAUGAUGUAAUGGAUGCCUUGACCUGGAGAGUGGAAACAUAAUGGGGGACUUUAUAUUGCACAUAUACUGUCUGUCUGUCUCUUCUGAGUCCAUAUGAACAAUAGGUUGAAGCAUGUGUUGUAUGUACCGUACUUGAUAAUAAGCAAUGUUUUAGUCUUACUUUUCGGUUGUAUGGGUUCGUGAUGACCAAUUUGUCAUCAUCUGAUCCAGAUAAGAUGUAUUCUCCUGUGUCAUUCCAGCAUACUGUAUUGAUCUGUCAUGAAAAACAAUAACAGUUUGAAAACACAGGAUGAUAUCAUACAAUUAUCACACUGCAUUUACACUGGUAAUCAUUUCUGUAACGCAUGUUGAUACUUACAGAGCCCUCAUGUACAUCAAGAGUGGCUUCAAGUUUCAGUCUUUGUACAAAACUCUUUUCUUCCUGAAGGAAAUCAUUAUGAUACCAUAAGAACAGUGUUAGGUAUCCCAUAAGGUAGUCCCUCUAACUAACACAAUUUAAUCAUUUGGGACCCCUUGGAGACAAAAUGAUUAUUUUAUCCAACACAAAUGUUUAAAGUAUGAAUUUAUAUCAAACAAUACCAAUAAAAUAACAGUGUCUUAGAUAAAUUCCUAGUGCAAGGCAGUAGGCUGUUGUAAAAACAUGUUACUUACACAGUGACACAUACAGUACACUUUUAUGACAAUAAAGUAGUAUUUAGAACAUUUGUACAUUAAAUAUUUAAUGUAAACGUUUGUCUCACCUAAGUAGUUACUCCUUGUAAAGUUGUUGAUUUUGUUGGAACCGAUGGUGCGUUUCCUAAUAUCCCAAAUUAGAUUGUUGGUACAGGGCAUGAUGUCGAAACACUGUCCGCCUCACAUACAAAACACUUUGUGAAAGUAUUACUGAAAUAUUUCUACCGAAUAAGUUUAAGUCAUGGUGUCUUACAAAUUAGGCUACAAAUGAAUUUCUUUCAGGACUUCUAUUAUAGUUCAGUCGCUACAAUUGUCUCAAUUUUGUACCGUCGUCUGGCUGGCAGAUUUUCUCAAAUGAACAAAUCUGUAGAACACACGGAGAAGUUUCACGUUAGUUUCUCAUGAAGAAGUUCGUGCUGAUGGUAUGUAGCCAUGGAACAUGAGCACUGCGCAUGCCCAGAUUUGCCCCCCACCUCCAAACUCCAUGUCCCUCCCUGUUUCGAGCCCCUCUACUUCUUGAGCCCUUUGUCAAAUCAAAUCAAAUUAUAUUUGUCACAUACACGUGUUAAGCAGAUGUUAUUGCGGGUGUAGCGAAAUGCUUGUGCUUCUAGCUCUGACAGUGCAGUAAUAUCUAACAAGUAAUAUCUAACCAUUUCACAACAUAUACCCAAUACACACAAAUCUAAGUAAGGAAUGGAAUUUAAGAAAAUAUACAUAUAUGGACAAGCAAUGACAUAGCGGCCUGAAAUAAGAUACAGUAGAAUAUUAUAGAAUACAGUAUAUACAUAUGAGAUGAGUAAUGCAAGAUAUGUAAACAUUAUUAAAGUGACUAGUGUUCAAUUUCUUAAAGUGGCCAGUGAUUUCAAUAGGCAGCAGAAAAUGAUCGACCUGUGAAUUAGCCUGUGAAAGUAUGUGUUAAUUUUGGUCAAGGUGAAAUUCUUAUGGUAGAAAUUAGUGACUAGAUAAUAAUAAUAAUAAUACAUUGAAUUUAUAAAGUGCUUUUCAUUGAAACACUAUCUCAAAGUGCCACAGUAUUUAUAUAAUAAGCUUAUAAUACAUAUUAUAAUAAUAACCAUAGAUUCUAGUUUCAUCAGACAGAAACCGCACCUUCCUACCUGUGUUAAAUCCAUUGUGUCAGUUGAUAAUGUGUUUCAUGUCAUUUGAAAGUGUGUCCAAGAGUCAGUGUGUCUGGCUUCUGUUGUUACAUUGUAUCAUUUCCAAUCACGUGUGUUUUCUUGGAAAGUGAAAAGUAGGAUGGGCUUACUAGUGGUUGUGGGAAGGGUGUUAACAGUUCAGUACAACCCCUCAAGUGCCCCCCCCCCCCCACACACACAAUAUAUUCCGUCUGAUCUGUUCAAGUAGCCCAAUGACAGGGUGUACCGUUGGUACAAUAAAGCACAUCACAUACUACUUUGAUACUAAACUGUUGGUAACAGUCUCCAGACAUGGCUUUGGUGGGAGUUAGAGCUUCAUACCACAGGAUUCUUAACCAGAUAGAGCUUCUACUACCUGGUAAACUGAGACCCAUUUACAACCAUCCUGCAGGUAAGGACAUUAUCAAUAUUAUAGCAUCAGGUCCAACUUACCUGGCUGACUCUGUAUCACUCUCCUCACAGUGUCUAUGGUUUAAUGUCUAAAAGUCUCCUCAUCUUCAGAAUACACUUUCUCAAUAUUUUGAAAAUGAGAUAAGAUCAUUUAUCAUCAUCACCUCUGGAUGUAUUCCACUCUUCUAUUUGGUAAAGAAGAGUGAUGUUCAAUAUAGUGGGGCUGGGACUAUCACUGACCUCACCCUUAUGAAGUACAUUAUUUCAUGGACAAAUGGACAAAUGAAUGAGUGAACAAAAAGUGUGUUUCUAAACUUACAGUAGCAGUGUAUUGGGGUUUGUGAAUGGACCCCUGGUCACGAGUGACCUCUGUGUUGGGGUUAUCGUCAAUGGAGCAAACAUAGUUUUAUUCUAGUAGUGUUGGAAUUGCUUCAAUGUGACAUGACGAGUGUGUCGCUUAUUAUAACUUUGAGGUGAAUGAGGACAAACAGUCUUGAUGCUGCCCAGUCUGUCUGUCACAUGCAGACUGCCCUCUCUGUCUGUCACAUGCAGACUAUCUGAAUGUUGAUGAGCUAGUACACAGGGCCCUUCUUCCAGCCCUGGGGAGAUAACAGAGACCGACUGGCCAUAGGGAAAUUCUGGCAAAUGCCAGAUGGGCUGGUCCAUCUUUAGCCUAGUGUGCCUGUCAAAAUUGUGGGUUUUGCCAAAAUUAUAAUUAUUUGGCUAAUAACUGGGGUCUCAAGGUGAAAAAUGGGCAAGUGUGGAAGCCUCAAGGGAAAGAAUGGGCCUGUGUGAUAGAAAUGCUCGGGCUGAUUUCUGGUCCCAGUCCAUCCCUAGGAGCUAGAGCUGAGCUGUAGAUGGGUGAUAAUGUGCCUUGAAGGGUGUGGACAGAGGGUUGUUCAAAGCAGUGGUUCUCAAUUCCUGGUUCAUGGGAUGUUGUUAAUAUCAAAAUAGGUUGGCACCAUGAUAAAGCAGAGGGAAGUCAGUAUGAGAUGUAAAAGCAUUACACAUUAAUAACAAUUUAUAGUUUAUAAAACAACCAGUCUAGCUAUCAAAUAGACAAGAGAAGAGAAGCCUAUGAAUGGACAAUAGGUAUGUAGCUAAACGACGUGCAUGCCACUACAUGCUGGCAGUCUUCAAUAAAUUAUCAAGUUGGCAAGUUUUCAAUUGGCAAGGCAUUAAAGUACAGGGUGACCAGUGGAAGGAGGACAGAGACAAGCUGAGGGCACGAGAAUGACAACAGGUGGAAUUAUCCAGGAAGUGAUUUAACCAGUCACUUUCAAUGUCGCUUCAUCUUAAAACCUUUAUUGUGGAAUCAAUCAACUUUUUGCACAAAACUAAAUGUCACGUAAACCACUGUAACGUUAUGUAUUCAACGCAACUGUCAUUGCUAACCUUGUAAUAAUUAACCUUAAUAAUUAAAUCACGUUUUGUUUCGUUUGUAGGUCCAAAGACAAUUUUUUUCUGGGCACCAGUGUGUAAAUGGGUAAGUGUAAAAAUAUUUGCAGUGAAGCAGUUUAAAUGGUUCAGGGAGUGUUUAGAGGGUUCAGAGGGUAUUUUGAGGGUUCUGAGAGCGUUUAGAGGGUUCAGAGAGUUCAACAUUUUGGUCAUUGAGCAGACGCUCUUAUCCAGAGUGCAUACAGUUUUGUACUGGUCCCUCAUGGGAAUCGAACCCACAACCCUGGCAUUGCAAGCGCCAUGCUCUGCCAACUGAGCCACACAGGAAAUUAAGACCGCACAGAGGCAGCAUACAGGAACUCAUAAGAAGCAAUUGCAUGUAAGCGUGGAAAUGGGAGUUAAUAAUAAUGAAUUAGUAACGCCUGACCUGCGUCUACAAAUUCCUGUCUGUCACGUGAACUGAUUGAGAUGGAGGUCGCUUCUAGAGAAUUAAGUCACGUUUUAUAAGCUCCUGUAUGCUGCCUCUGUCUAAUCUUAAUAUUCCAUACAGUUAAUGUUCCACUCUCCGACCCUCCAAACGAUGUGUUACACAUUUAAACAGUGUCUCAUAUGCUGGGCAUUAUAUAAUGGUCCUAUGUUGUAGUACAAAUAUGCAUGGUUGUGUGAUCUGUAUCUCUCUCUCUCUCUCUCUCUCUCUCUCUCUCUCUCUCUCUCUCUCUCUCUCUCUCUCUCUCUCUCUCUCUCUCUCUCUCUCUCUCUCUCUCUCUCUCUCUCUCUCUCUCUCUCUCUCUCUCUCUCUCUGUCUCUUUCUACAGGGUCUGGUUUUUGCGGGUCUGGCUGAUAUGACCCGACCAGCUGAUAAACUGAGUCUCUCUCAGUCUGGAGUACUCAUGACCACAGGUAAUGGAGCAAUGAGGACAGAGAGGACAGGAGGUGUGUGUUUGUGUGUGUGUGUGUAUGGCUUGAUGACCCUUCAGAGGAACAGUUCACUGAUAGAAUUACUGGCAUGGAUUCAGACAUGAUGGCAUGGAACUUUCACACCAGCCCCUGCAUCAUCGGUUUUCCAUUGCUGCUUUGUAAAAGCCCCACUGACUGUUAACACGGACUGUAACGGUAUGUCCCUGUGUGAUAGCGCUGUCCUGAAAUUACACAACAUGACCCGUGCCUGUUUGAGACCACACUGUCUCAGACUAUUUUGAAUUAGAGAUGAUCAUCGUGUUUUGGUCCUUGGAUACGGUUAGUUACAAACAACUACAGGAAGUUUUCCACGACUGGAAGUCAUUAGCUGUUUAUUUGUGUUAUGGUAUGGAGUUAGGUAGUGAGCAGGGCAUAGUUAUACAAUCCAUUUUCCACUUCCAAACCCACCCCUAGGUGGCAGCAGCAACCGGGUCAGGUGCUGGGCUGUGCCUUUGUAUUUUCCUUUAUGUAUAAAUAUUUUGGUCACAAUCACUUGAACCAACAAGUCAGAUGUCUCCUAGCCGGUACACUCAUAUACAACACUGACUAACCCUGAUCCUGGUCAGAUGUCUCCUAGCCGGGACCCCCACAUACAACACUGACUAACCCUGAUCCUGGUCAGAUGUCUCCUAGCCGGUACCCCCACAUACAACACUGACUAACCCUGAUCCUGGUCAGAUGUCUCCUAGCCGGACCCUCACAUACACACUGACUAACCUGAUCUGUCAGAUGUCUCCUAGCCGGUCACCAAUACACACUGACUAACCCUGAUCCUGGUCAGAUGUCUCCUAGCCGGUUCCCCCACAUACAAAACACUGGGGACUAACCCUGAUCCUGGUCAGAUGUCUCCUAGCCGGUACCCCCACAUACAACACUGACUAACCCUGAUCCUGGUCAGAUGUCUCCUAGCCGGUACCCCUCACAUACAACACUGACUAACCCUGAUCCUGGUCAGAUGUCUCCUAGCCGGGACCCCCACAUACAACACUGACUAACCUUGAUCCUGGUCAGAUGUCUCCUAGCCGGGCCCCUCACAUACAACACUGACUAACCCUGAUCCUGGUCAGAUGUCUCCUAGCCGGUACCCUCACAUACAACACUGACUAACCCUGAUCCUGGUCAGAUGUCUCCUAGCCGGUACCCCCACAUACAACACUGACUAACCCUGAUCCUGGUCAGAUGUCUCCUAGCCGGUACCCUCACAUACAACACUGACAUACUCUUAGCCCUCACCUAAUGCACACAUUCAAUCAGGUUACAGGUCAGUUAGCCAGGCCUAGGACCCCUGGACAUGACAAGAGAAGUGAUAGUUGUAGGCUGGCUAGGUGGUUUCUUAACAUUUGUUAAUGAACUCUAAAGUUCCUUGAGUUCACAAGAUAGGAUAUCAUUGUCCUAUCUAUGAGUGGUGGGAAGUGAGUUGAGUCUCUCGCAUUGGACUGCAUCAGAGCCCAGUGUUCGCACCAUGUGGAAAUCACACACAACAUUAUGAGAAAAGUGGGGAAAGCUAAUAUUGGAUUUUUAUAAAAUUUUAGUCAUUUAGCAGACGCUCUUAUCCAUAGCGACUUACAGGAGCAAUUAGGGUUAAGUGCCUUGCUCAAGGGCACAUCGACAGAUUUUUCACCUAGUCGGCUCAGGGAUUAGAACCAGCGACCUUUCGGUUACUGGCACAACGCUCUUAACCACUAAGCUACCUGCCGCCCCAUUAUGCAACAGUAAUACAUUUCUGAAGCAGAAACAACAUUCAGAUGUUCCAACUUUACCUGUCCCUUUACCUGUCUCUUUACCUGUCUCGUUACCUGUCUCUUUACCUGUCUCUUUACCUGUCUCUUUACCUGUCCCUUUACCUGUCCCUUUACCUGUCUCUUUACCUGUCCCUUUAGCUGUCUCUUUACCUGUCUCGUUACCUGUCUCUUUACCUGUCUCUUUACCUGUCCCUUUACCUGUCCCUUUACCUGUCUCUUUACCUGUCUCUUUACCUGUCUCGUUACCUGUCUCUUUACCUGUCUCUUUACCUGUCCCUUUACCUGUCCCUUUACCUGUCUCUUUACCUGUCUCUCCACUAUUUUACAGGUGUUAUUUGGUCCAGAUGGUCCCUGGUCAUCAUUCCCAAGAAUUGGUUUCUGUUUUGUUGCAACUGUUUUCUUGGAGCGUCAGGAGCCACCCAACUCUUUAGAAUCUGGAUGUGAGUGGAACAGACAGAGUUAGAUACAGCGCUACACACCAACAUGUGGCCUGCAAUUUUACAUACACUGUGAUUCGAUUUGAUUUGAUAUCUGUGGGCCCUAUUCAAUCAAACCAUAUUAGGGUGGAAAAUCAUAAUAAUUUGUUGACGGGAGGUUCUGUAUGUCAGUCGUUGUCUGACAGCAGGCUAGUUAAACACACAGAACUGCUCUGAAGGGCAAAGUGUGCAUGGUCACACAUUUAUGACAGCUAGUGACAUUGUCCUUGGGCUUUGCCUUCUUUGUUGUGGUUUAAACCAGGCGCAUUUUAUGCCAAGCCUUCUGUUUCCUGUCAACUGAGUGAUAUAACCACAGAGAUAAAUGUAGAUCCUGUUGUGUCUCUAUGGGUACAACACUAAAUAAGUAUGUGACGUCUACUGCUUUGGAAUGUGCGCUACAUUUGACAGAGUUAGCUAACCGGUCCUAAAGGUUGUAGAGAUCACUAGAAUACAGUCCAUAUAAAACAACCUGUUACUCUAUAACUACUCUUUAUCUAUUUGUCUUUUAUUUGGUUACACUUUAAAAACAGAGAUAUGGAUAAAUUGAUAAAGUCUGUCAGAGUCCUUCGCUGAAUGUAAAGGAUAGCAUGCCUGCCAACUUGUUUUUGCACUCUGAGACAUGAAUAUAGUCUGUUUGAACCUUUGUUUUGGUUUGUUAAGGUCGGAGGUCAACCCUGUCCCUCUGUGUUUCUAGGUAUCAACAGGAAGUAAAGAAGCAACAGGAAGCAGGGGCUUCUGAAUUAAAAAGAAAGCAGUUAGCAGAGGCCCAUCCAUUGUUGGAUUAUUUUGAACUGGUGACACUUACUAACUAGUGGAUCUGAUUAACUUGAUUAAAUGCAAUUUCAUCUUUGAGGACUUCAACCACCACAGAAUCUUCCAACUCAAUAACACCCCUCCCUCUGCAAAUCACAAUUCAUGCUGUUAGUAAGUAUGUGACGAUGUGGGGAUAAUAAUAAUAUAAUAUGCCAUUUAGCAGACGCUUUUAUCCAAAGCAACUUACAGUCAUGCGUGCAUACAUUUUUGUGUAUGGGUGGUCCCGGGGAUCGAACCCACUACCUUGGCGUUACAAGCGCCGUGCUCUACCAGCUGAGCUACAGAGGACCAUGACAGCACGUCUGUGUGAAGAUGAUGGUAAAAUUAGUUCAAGGUAAGAUUAGGCUAAGAAACAUUUACAGAUUCACACAAUACUUUAAAGAUGGGGAAUGUUUGAGUCUGAUGAUGGUUAAUGUUAUCUUUUUUAACAUUAACUCUUUGUUUUAGCCUUUUAGCGCUUUGUCUGAUUUUAGGACAUUGUGGUAUGUAUAUAUUUAUUGAAAAUAAAUUAUCCAUUUGAGAUAAAACUGUUCCUGACUUGAAGAAACCUUUCUCAUGUGCAUGAGGUUAACGGCCAACGUCAUCACACUGAGCUAAGUGAAAAGAGAAGUGUGGCUUCAUCAGUUUAUUGUUUACAUUGUGUCUUUGCCUUGUACAAGCCACAAUCACAUGUGGGGCACUUCAGCACAAUACAACGUUUUGGAACGUUCAGAUAGAAAUAUGUAAUAUAGAACAAACAUGCCUCUCCGACAUGUAGACCAAACUAUAGACCGCGUUUGGCAACUGAAUGUGGCCUUGUUUUCUAGGAAUUGCAAAAUGGGGUGGGCUCAUAGGGUGGGCUUACUCUCCCUACCAAUAGCAGUUUGUUUGGGGCGGGGUUUAGAUUUCAGUACCACCCCCUCUGGUGACACUCCUACAUAAUAGAUUAGACACUAUGGGUAGAUGAGCCUGCUUUCUGCCAAUGGUUCAUACAGGCUAUUCUUUGUUCUAGUUAGUAUAGCCAAUCAAUGACAGGGUGUACUAGUUCUCCAAUACAGCACAUACUAUUUCUUUAUUUUGAACUGUCGGUACCAAGUUCAACAAAAGUAGGAAAUAAAACUCCAAUCUCCAGACAUGGCUUUAGCGGGAGUUAGAGCUUCAUACCACAGGAUUCUUAACCAGAUCGAGCUCAAACUACCUGCUAAACUGAGACCUUUCUACAACCAUCCAGCAGGUAAGGAAAUCAUUAUUAUCAGGCUCACCUCAACAUGAGAGAUCUGCACCACUUCCACUGUUCUAACUGUCUCUCCAUCGUACAGUACAGACACUAGACUGAAUACUCACCUCUUAUACACAUUUUCAAUAUUUUCAAUAUUUAUCAUGGAAAUGACGCCUGCUGUCUGUGCCUACUUAAUGCAUACCUCUGGAUAAUUCUGGAUAAGAAUUCUUCCAAUAAUUCUGGAUAAACUCUACCAUUUAAAACAGCAAUUUACUUUUUGUGGGGGGUGGACACUUUCAAAAAGGAGAAAAAACGGAUUGCUAUCAUUUACUGACAAACAACAAGAGCAUUAAACAUUUGUAUCAACAGGAACACAGAAAUGGUCAUAUGAAUGAAUGCUCUAAACUUAGAUUGAGUUGAAACCUACAGUAGCAGUGCAUGGACUUUGGAUGGGGGACCCUUGGUCAGCACUAGUCAGUCCUAGGCUAGCAAGCCAUGUGCAACCUUGACAUUGAGGUUAUCUUAAAUGGGACGAACAUAGUUUUAUUACAGCAGUGUUGGUAUAGCAUUGACGUCAAUCUGUAGCUGAAUUUAACUUAGAGGUGAAUAAGGACAAACAGUGUUGAUGCUGCUGAUCUGAAUGCUGAUGAGGGAGGGGCUCUUCUCUCAGCCCUGGGGAGUUAGGGCUGAACUAUAGAAGAGUGUUAAUGUGUCUUGAAGGGUGUAGACAGAAGGUUGUUCCAUUUACAUUACAUUUUAGUCAUUUAGCAGACGCUCUUAUCCAGAGCGACUUACAGUUAGUGAGUGCAUACAUUAUUAUGUUUUUAUUUAAAUGUUUUCAUACUGGCCCCCCGUGGGAAUUGAACCCACAACCCUGGCAAACUACCAACUGAGCUACAUCCCUGCCGGCCAUUCCCUCCCCUACCCUGGACGACGCUGGGCCAAUUAUGCGCCACCCCAUGGGUCUCCCGUUCCAAGCAGUGGUUCUCAAUUCCUGGUUCAUGGGAUAUUGUUAAUUAAUAUCAAAAUAGUUUGGGAGUAUAAUGAUGCAGAGGAAAGUCGAUAUGAGAUUAAAAUCAGAACAAAGAUUAAAAGGAAAUCAGUUAAGUAAAACCAUGUUAUUAUAGUUUAUAAAACAACAAGUCUAGCUAUCAAAUAGACGAGAGAAGGGAAGACUAUGAAUGGACAAUAGGUGUGAAGUUAAAUGAUGUUCAACCACCAUGUUUUAGCACUCUUCAAAAAAUGAUAGCCCUUGGCAAGAUGAGGGCAGGAGAAAACCUUGGGAAGAUACUGAUACCAGCCACUUUCACUUUCACUUUCACUUUCACUUUAUCUCUUUUAUUUGAGCUGUAUCUUUAUAUUUCACUCCUCAGCAACAAAUCAAAUGAUUUCGCAGUUUAAUGCUGCACAACGUUUAUCUGUUUAUGGAACGUCUUCAGGCCUAACUGCUGUGGUAUUUCCCACUGGGCACAGACGUCAAUUCAACAUCUAUUCCAAAUUGGUUCCACUUCAUUUCAUUGAAAUGAUGUGGAAACAACGUUGAUUCAAACAGUGUGUGCCCAGUGUGAUCUCUCUGUUGCGGUAUCAACCAAUUGUUUAUACAAAACUAACUCUCACGUGAAUCAUUGUAAGCUUGUGCAACUUUCCUUUCUAACCUUUCCAAAUAAACACUGUUAUGUUUCCCUUUGAAGGUCCAAAGACAGUUUUCUUCUGGGCACCAGUGUGUAAAUGGGUAAGAGUUGAUAUAUUUAAGAAGUGUCUCAUGUGCUGGACAUCUUAUAAUGGUGCUAAAAGUAUGCAUAGUUGUGUGACUCUGUCUCUCUCUCUCUCUCUCUCUCUCUCUCUCUCUCUCUCUCUCUCUCUCUCUCUCUCUCUCUCUCUCUCUGUAUCUUUCUCUCUCUGUAUCUUUCUCUCUGUAUCUCUCUCUCUCCCUCUGUAUCUUUCUAUCUCUCUCUCUCUCUCUCUCUCUAUCUGUAUCUCUCUUUCUCUACCUCUAACUCUACAGGGCCUGGUUAUGGCUGGCAUGGCUGAUAUGACACGGCCAGCUGAUAAACUGAGUGUCUCUCAGUCUGGAGUACUCAUGGUCACAGGUAAUGGACAUUGUGGGAAAGUGGGGAAAGACAACAUUUUACAUUUACAUCCAUUAUACAACAGUAACAAAUUCCAACUUUACCUGUCUCUUUACCUGUCUUGUCACCCCUCUAUUUUCCAGGUGUCAUUUGGUCCCGAUAUUCCCUUGUCAUCAUUCCGAAGAACUGGGGUCUUUUUUUUGUCAACGGUUUUCUUGGAUUGGCAGGAGCCAACCAACUUGUUAGAAUCUGGAUGUGAGUGGGACAGACUCCAUAGUUAGAUACAGAGCAAUGCAAACUGACAUGCAUGGCAGUGGGUCCCUAUUCAAUCAAACCCUAUAAGGAGACAAAUAGGGAAAUAGACACAGAAAUCUGAUGGAGUGUAUGUCAAUCAAUGCCAUUGUCUGACAAUAACAUUGUUAAUAAAUAUACAGUACUGCAUUGGAGGGCAAACUGUGUUUGGUCACAAACAGAAGUAUUUAUGACAGUCCAUUGUCCUUGGACAUGGUGUCUAUACCAGUUUGGAACUUUUUAGAGACAAGUUGGCAUUUCGAGUUGUAUUUUGCAAGAUCACUUAAGUUCAUAUAAAAAAAAUGCGUUACUCUAUAACCAUGGUCAUUUUCUUUCAUUUGGUUACACUUUAAAAACAGAGAUAUGGAUAAAUUGAUAAAGUCUGUCAGGGUCCUUUUCUGAAUGUAAAGGAUAGCAUGCCUGCCAACUUGUCAUUGCACUCUGAGACCUAUGAUUAUAGUCUGUUUGAACCUUUGUUUUGUUUUGUUAAGGUCGGAGGUCAACCCUGUCCCUCUGUGUUUCUAGGUACCAACAGGAAGUAAAGAAGCAACAGGACGAGAAGGCCCAGAUCCCCAUCAUAUAAUCCACACACACACACACACUUGUAUUUAUUUUCUUCAUGUCUUAAUCCAUUUUUAUGCAAAGUCUGUAAAGUCAACAGUCAAACUAACACAGGUCUCAUAUACAGAACAUAUAUCACAGGCGGCCGGUUGCAACUUAAUUGGGGAGGGCUG